CAUCACCAAACAAUGUCUACUGAUUUACAGAACAUAUCAAGCCAACAUAUAACCAACAUCUGAACAACCAGAUUCAAUCUUUGUUUCUUCUUCUGGUCCUGCAGCUGCUCUCAGCUCUCUGCACUCUGAAGACUGCUGGCAUCGUUCACAGAAACAUCAACCCACAUACUGUGAUGUUGAUGAAACAGGAAGACCAGCAGAACUUCAGAGUGAAACUUACUAGUUUCAACUCAGCCAUCCCAGUUGGUGAAGUGAAGAGCAGCUCCGUCAAGCAGCUUGUUGGAUACAGGUAGGUUGGAAGAUCUGUCUUCCAGCAUCAUGUACUGCUGCUCUUCUUUGACUCAUCUGAUCUGAUGUCACCAAAAAUCAUGAACAUGUAAAACUGAGCAGGAAGUCACUGCAAUCACUGACUGUUGUCUUCCUUCUUCAGGUGUCCUGAUGUUCUUGUGGGUCUACCCAUCUCUGAGGCAGUGGAUAUGUGGUCAGUGGGUGCUGUUCUGUCCACCUUGUUCCUCGGCAGCCCGCUGUUCCCUCAGAGGUGUCAGUAUCACCUGAUGAAGAUUUUGGUGGAGACUCUGGCUAACCCAGAGAAUGAGCUUCUGAGUGAAGGCCCCAACAACCAGCUCUACUUCAAGUCCACGGAGCACACAUGGACACUGAAGCUGGAUCCAGAUGUGGACAGUUAUGAGAUCAAACUGUUCGCAAGCCUCCUAAAGAAGAUGCUGCAUCUGAAUCCAGAGAGCCGAAUUUCACCAAGUGAGGCUCUGCAACACCCGUUUCUGUUCUACAGCAAGGAGGACAACAGCUCUCAGUAA